AGGAGCAGGGCCUGUGGGGUCGUUGGGAGCUCGUCCCUGAGGGCUUAUCGUCUGGGGCUGUGGCGGCAGCUUGGUUGGGCUCCUGCCUGCAGCAUUGGCUGGUGGUACGGCUGUGGGGGAUGGCUGAGACCAAAGAGGACUUUGUUAAAGUUAGAAGGAGGGAUUUGGAAAGGCUGACAACUGAAGUUAUGCAAUUGCGGGAUUUCUUACCCAAAAUAAUAAAUGGUGAUAUCCUGGGGACAUUUCAGAAACUGGAUGCUAUGGAAUCAAACAUGGAGAAAAAGGAAGAGGAAAUAGAGCAGCUGAAAAUGGAUUGUGAACACUUCAGAGCCCGUCUGGAAACAGCCCAGGCAGAUUGCAUGAGAGAGAAGAAGGAGAAACUAGACCUCCGCCAGCAGCUGAAUGAGGCCAAGCAGCAGCUCCUGCAGCAAGCAGAGUAUUGCACAGAAAUGGGUGCAGCGGUGUGCACGUUGUUGUGGGGUGUAUCUAGCAAUGAGGAAGCUGUUAAAACCCUUCUAGGAGGAAGUAAAGCAGUAAAGUUUUUCACAAUCACUGCACAGACCAUGGAGAGCUUUGUGAAGUCUUUAAGUGAAGACGUGAAGCAGCAGGAUUUGGAUUCUGAUGAAAAUCAGUUUGUAUUAGCUUUGGCAGGGAUUGUAACAAAUGUGGCUGCGCUGGCAUGUGGCCGUGAGUUCUUGAUUAGUUCAAGUCGUGAAUUACUGGACACGAUGAUGCACCUCCUGGGAGACAUGAAGCCAGGAGUCUGUACCAAAUUUAAAGUGCUAAUGCUAAUGUCACUUUACAAUGUGAGUAUCAACUUGAAAGGCUUGAAGUACAUCAGUGAAAAUCCAGGUUUUUUUCCUUUGCUUUGGUGGUUAUUGAAUGACCCGGAUACAGAAGUUUGUCUUCAUGCUCUGCGGCUCCUCCAGUCUGUGAUUCUGGAGCCAGAAGUAUUAGCCAAGGCAGCCUCUGAGAUGCGCGAUACUUUGCCAUUUCAGCGUAUCAUUGCACUGUCAAAGAGCCGCAAUGCAGAUCUGCAAGCACUUGCGAAAGAACUACUUGAAGAUCUUAAAAUACUUGAGUAUGAAGCAUAGAAGAGCUCUUUGACACCAACUGCUUAUGUCUUUCCUACAUUUUUAUGCUGCAAGAGUUGUUAGAGAUGGGCUUGACUGAAAAAACCUCUGCCUAAGUUCCUCUGACAAAAUCCUUCCUGGAGAUUAGGUAACCCAACUGAAAUAAUACUCGGGAAAACGUGUUGGGUUUUAGCUGCCCAAAUACAAUCUUACGUCAUCUGGUAGAGAUGAGGCAGACUCAAUUACUUUGAGUAGGAUUUUGUUGAUAAUGGGUUUCAAAAUGAUCCAGGUUAUGUUGUCUAUUUACCGUAUAUAGGGAGUAAAGCAGUCAUCUCAUUCAUUGAUAAUACAUAGUUUAUUGCAGCGGUAAAUAAUUUUGUUGGUCCAUCCUUAAUAAUUAUUGUACUGUGAGGAAAAUUUUGUUGCUUUUCAUAACUCUUCUGUGUCAGAAUGCACCCCAAGUUCCAGUUUUAUUGCUGUUACUUCU